GUAGCUGGUGGCCAUAUUAUUGCCUUGCCGUUGCUCGUAUCAACGAACUGUUCUGUGAUCAAAAAGUCUGACUUUUAUCAAAUCGUGUUUUUAUUACGGAGUAAUGUGUUUCGAUAGAAGGACCAUAACCUUUCUAAUGAAAAAUGAUGAGUAAUGAACAUUUUUUAUCUUAUAUAUACAUAAAAUGUAUAUGAUAUAGUUAUAGGAAAAUUAUCUAUCCAAUAAGAAAUAACAAUGUCGAACGAUGUAAAUAUGCAGUCUGAUAAGCCCGAUGAGGAAGAAAGUCUCGAUAAAGCUGAGGAAGAAGAGGGCAAAUCAUCUGUUGACCUGCAUGCGCAAGAAACCGGCCCUGUUUAUGGUGGUUGUGAAGGACCAAAUGCAAUGUAUGUAAAGUUGGUUAGCAGUGAUGGUCAUGAGUUUAUUGUAAAACGAGAACAUGCAUUAACAAGCGGAACAAUCAAAGCUAUGCUUAGUGGGCCUGGUCAAUUUGCAGAAAAUGAAGCUAAUGAAGUUAAUUUCCGUGAAAUUCCUUCUCAUGUACUUCAAAAAGUCUGCAUGUAUUUUACUUAUAAAGUUCGUUACACGAAUAGCAGCACAGAAAUCCCAGAAUUUCCGAUUGCACCUGAAAUUGCGUUAGAACUUUUAAUGGCUGGUAAUUUUUUAGAUUGCUAAAUGCAAUAUUAAAUUUUGCAAUACUUUAUCUUCAAGUGACAAAUUUGGUUUUUCAUAUUGUUAUUAUUUAUCAUUAAAGCAAUUACACCUUUUUUGAGGAAUAUUUAACAACUAAAUAAUAACAUUAAUGAUAAAGUCUAACACUCAGGAGCCAUAAACAUUUUUAUGUAACGAUAUACAUAUGAUGUUCCUCUAUGAAGAAAACACAAGGUGCAUCGAAAAUUAUGUAUUCAUGAGUCUGCAAUGAUUAUAUGUAAUUUAUUAUCUAAUUGUUUGUUAGAAUUUUGUUAGAAUUCAGCUAUUGUGACAGAAACAAAUACAUUCGUUAUUUUGCCUAGUAGACCGUUUGAAGACAACCACAAAUAUUUUAACAUUCAGUGAUAUAAAUAUUUAAAUAUCAAGAUAUAUAAACAUACAAUUGAAUUUACAGACAAAUAUUGUCUGUAAAUAAUAUGUCUCUAAAAAAAGGAUGAAUAAAACAAUUUGUAUUGUUUGUAAUUUUCAUGGGGUCAGAGAAAGAUAAUUAAGCAGGUUUUCUCAUGACAAAGAAUUUUGAUCAUUUAUUACAUUCUGUAUAGUAACAUGUUAUACUUUUUAUUAAAUAUAAGUACAAUAUUUAUUCUUGGGUUAAAUUUCUAUUAGAUAGUAAUGAAAACAUUCUAUAAUUUUUUCAGAAAGUCUAUCUUCUUAUUUUGUUUUUCAAAUGCAGAGUCGAAAUCAUAGAUGAUUAAGUAGAAAAAUGACCUCUAUAGAAAAUAACUUAGUUAUUAUAUUAAAAUGUGUUGAAUGAUCUUUUGUUAGAUAAGAAAUAAAAUAUUGUUUUCGACACCUAUAUACAAAGAAUGUAUGAAAAUAUAAGAUAAAAGAAAAAGCUAAGUGCAUUAAAAUAGUUUGUUAACGUUGGUGCAUAAUUAUUUAUAAGUACCUUAUAAUAAUUGUGUACAAAUAUGUGUUAAAACAUACAACUGUAGAAAUACUAAAUUUCAAUUUUCUGUGA